ACUUUUAUUGUUGGAUAACUUUUUACUAGCUUAUAACGUGCUAGUUACUUUGAGAUACCUUGCGAAAGGCGAUUUCUACAGUGAAGUCGGGGAUCUACAUGGGAUCAGCAGGAGUUCCGUGUCGAGAUCGAUUACUGUGGUGGUGGCAGCGCUUGAAAAAAAAUUGGACACAAUCCAUUUUCCAAUAACAGCUGAAGACCUCAGAAGAGUCAAAACUGGUUUUUUUAGGCUGGGAAAAAUGCCAAAUGUUAUUGGUGCUGUUGAUGGAACCUUAAUACCCAUAAUUGCACCAAGUGAGGCGGAGGAGGUGUAUGUAUGCCGGAAGGGCUACCAUGCUAUAAAUGUUCAAGCGGUCGUGGACCAUGAAAUGAGAUUCACUGAUGUUGUUGCCCAAUGGCCAGGUUCAGUUCAUGACAGCACAAUCAUGGAAAACUGUGCCUUGAAGCAGUGGCUGACAACUACUAACAACAACUGGCUGUUGGGCGACAGUGGUUAUGGUUUAAAACCGUAUCUACUUACACCAAUUGGUACACCAAGUACACCAUCAGAGGUUCUUUACAACAAUGCCCAUGUUAAAACCAGACUAGUGGUGGAGAGGGCAUUUGGGAUAUUGAAAUCCAGGUUUAGGCAAGUAUAUGUACACUUAAAUAAAUGUUACAGGAAAUUCAAACAAUUGUUAGACAGUUAUUAA